AUAAACUUUUUUUGUGUGAUAAGUAGAGAGAUAAGUUUUGGAAAGCUUCCUUUGAAAAGCGUAAAAGUUGUUAAAAAUGAAAAAUUAAUCUUUUUUGUACACUCAAAUCGAAUAAUUUAUCCAUAAUUUCUAUCCAGCAUCCAUCGGAGAAUCCAUUCCCAUCGCCAAAAUGUCCAGCAGUCGCCUCUCUAAAGAAGAGAUCGCGAAGCAGUUUAUGCUUCCGGAGAGGAAAUCUAAAAUCGCCACUUUACUCAAACAAGAUGGACAAGAAUAUUGUAUCUGUCGGUCUUCAGAUUCUUCUAGUUUCAUGAUAGCUUGCGAUGCUUGCGAAGAUUGGUAUCACGGUGACUGUAUCGGUAUAAGUCAGAAAGAAUCCAAAUACAUUAAACAUUACUUUUGUGACCGAUGCCGUGCUGAAGACCCAUCGUUAAAAACUAGAUUCAAACCAGGCAGUGGUCGAGCUACUAACGAAUCACCUCCGCCUCGUAAAAAAGAAUACAAAGAUAAAGAAGAUGAAGAAAAUACCAAACACAGAGGACGCAGAAAGCAUAGAGAAGCUAAUGCUGAUAAAAAAUCAUCUCAUAAGAAAAGAAGUAAACAAUGCGGCCAGUGUGAAAACUGCUUACGACCUGAAGACUGCGGACGAUGUUCGAAUUGCAAAAAAUCCAAAAAAUCCGGCGAUCACGUAGAAAAAUGUAUAUACAGACAGUGUAUAAGUUCAUCCAAAUCAGGUCGUCGUAAAAGAAGAGAUUCCAAUAGCGAAUUCGAUAUUUCGAAACGAGUAUUCGAUAAUAAUGUACCUCGUCAGUGUUACGGUCCCGAAUGCAUCAAAGAAGCUCGCCCUAGCUCUAAAUACUGUUCCGAUGAAUGUGGCAUGAAACUAGCCUACGCAAGAUUAUAUCACAUUUUACCUGCUCGAGUUCAAGAACGUAAUUUCAGUACGUGUUACGCAGAAUUGAACAAUAAACGAGAUUUAGUCGAGAUUAAAAAGAAACAAGUCGAAGUUCGUGAUAUCUUGAGAGCUUUGGAUAAACGCCACAAGGAACUAGAUGCUAUUCAAGAACACGCCAAGCAGUUAACUGUGAUCAACGACAGUGACGACGAGCAAGAAGACGAAGCUGAGAUCGACAUGUAUUGUAUCACUUGCGGUCAUCAAAUUCAUACCAGAACUGCUAUCAAACAUAUGGAAAAAUGCUUCAACAAAUAUGAAAGUCAAUCUUCAUUUUGCUCGGUGCAAAAGACAAGAAUCGAUGGCAAUAAUAUGUUUUGCGAUUUCUAUAAUCCGACCAAUCAAACGUAUUGCAAGAGGUUACGUGUACUUUGCCCUGAACACUAUAAAGAUCCGAAGAUCAACGAUAAUGAAGUAUGCGGAUUUCCAUUGGUUACUAAUGUAUUCGUGCCGACUGGAGAGUAUUGUCGAGUAUCGCAAAAGCAAUGCUUACGUCAUUACUGUUGGGCCAAGCUUCGUAGGGCUGAAAUUGACAUGGAACGAGUUCGACAAUGGCUCAAACUGGACGAAUUAGUUGAACAAGAGCAUCAAAUGCGUAACUUCCUAUUGGCUCGUACCGGAGUAUUGAAUUUAAUGCUGCAUUCGACCUACGACCACGAGUUAAUGAGUCAGCUCCAAAUCCAAAGCCAGCAAGCACGUCGAGACAACGAAGAAGCCGAAGCCGAGGCAGAAGCAGAAGACGAAGACGUAGAUGUUUAAUAAAAACACAUUUCAAAUUAAAAAUAAAUAAAUUUAUUUUAGAAUUACAUGGUAACGUAAAAAGGUAAUAUGAAAUUGUAUCCGGUACAUGUAGAAAUUCCAAAAUAAACUGAUUUUGAUUUCGUAAUAAAAAUAACAUUGAAAAACAUUUUCAUAACAAACGGACGUAUACAAUAUACACCUCUUUAGACUGAUUCUUUUUUUUUUUGAUUUCUUAAAUUUUGAUUAAUUAAUUAUUUACAUCGAAAAAAAAAUAUCGAUUAAUCUAUCUCCAGCGAUUGUAGACUCGGUUCGGUGUCUACUUUUAAAUCGAUAUCUUUUUUUAGGUUUACAUUUACUAAUAUAAACUUCUUCUCGUCUUCUUCGAAGAAUUUUUUCAAUUUUUUCAUCCAUUCGAUGUAUUGCUCUGUAAAGAAUAAAUUUGUAAUGUAUAAUUAAGUAGUGGUCGUUGUCUUAUAUUAAGAUAUUAAGAUUAUGUUUUUCUCAUAAUAUAUUUUUUUGCAUUA